GCGCGGUGCGAAGCUGAGCGAGGGCUGCGGUGGGCCGAGGAUGCUGCGGAGCCGGGGGCUGCUGGUGCUGUGCCUGGGGCUGGCGCUGGCCAAGCCGCCCCCCGAGAAGCGGGACCGGGUGCACCACGGGCAGGAGCUGAGCGACCACCCGCACGACGACCACCAGGGCUUCCAGUACGACCACGAGGCCUUCCUGGGCAAGGAGCAGGCCAAGACCUUCGACCAGCUCACGCCCGAGGAGAGCCGGGAGCGCCUGGGGAAGAUCGUGGAUCGGAUCGACCGGGACCGGGACGGCUUCGUGACCCAGGCCGAGCUGAAGGACUGGAUCAAGCACACCCAGAACCGGUACAUCUUCGAGAACGUGCAGAAGAACUGGCGGGACUACGACCGGGACGGCGACGGGCGCAUCGCCUGGCCCGAGUUCAAGAACGCCACCUACGGCUACUACGAGGGGGAGGAGUUCGGAGACCUGGAGGACAAACAGUCCUACCGCAAGAUGCUGGUGCGGGACGAGCGGCGCUUCAAGGCGGCCGACAGGGACGGGGACAUGGUCGCCACGCGGGAGGAGUUCACCGCCUUCCUGCACCCCGAGGAGUUCGACUACAUGAAGGACAUCGUCGUCACGGAAACGAUUGAAGACAUUGACAAGAACGGGGACGGCUACGUGCAGGUGGACGAGUACAUCGGCGACAUGUACACCCCCGAGAGCGGCGAGCCGGAGCCCGAGUGGGUGCAGAGCGAGCGGCAGCAGUUCCUGGAUUUCCGGGACCUGGACCGGGACGGGCGGCUGGACCGGGCCGAGAUCGGCCACUGGAUCCUGCCCCAGGACUACGACCACCCCGAGGUGGAGGCCAAGCACCUGCUCUACGAGUCCGACAAGGACAAGGACCAGCGGCUGACGAAGCAGGAGAUCCUCGACAACUGGAACAUGUUCGUGGGCAGCCAGGCCACCAACUACGGGGAGGAUCUGACCCGCAAACACGAUGAGCUGUGACCGGGGGGGGCCCGGGCCCCCCUGCCCCCCACAACGCCACUGCACGGACCCUGGGGGGAGGGGACUUAUUUAUUGGGGGGCUAUACGGAUUGGGAGGGGUGGUAGGGCACGGACUAGGAGCCAGGACUCCUGGGUUCUCUGCUCCCCCACUCCGGGAGGGGAGCGGGGUCUGGGGGUUAGAGCAGGGGAGGGGCAGCACUCCUGGGGUCCAUGCCCAGGGAGAGCCCUUCCCUUCCCUUCCCCGUGCCUCGGUUUACCUGGGAGCUGCUGGCAGAACAGAUCCCUCCCCCCACCCACCUGCACUGCAAAAAGCAACAGUAUUAACAUGGGGGGAGGGGGCUGGACACACACAAAUCCCCCCCUCCCCCAGCUGAGACGGAGGUUUCCAGACCCUGACCCUCACGCUCACAGCGGGGGGUGGGGGGUGCCCCACCAAAAUGGCCCUGUGGUGGGGCACAGGAGCGGCUCCCCCAGGCCCCCUUUCUGCAGCAGCCAGCGAGUGGGCGGGGGGUGCA